CUAUAGGUACAUAUACUGAUUGCUUUAGGUUUAUAUAUCUCUUAUGUUGCGUAAGUAAUGGAAAACAUGCUUCUUUACCAGCCCUGUUAUUACUAUUCACACUACAUGACUACAUCUCAUCAUUUUUAGCAUGUUUCCUAAAUUGUUUUCAUGAAACAACAAUGACUAUUCCAUCAAUAACGUCACAUCGUUUAAUCAUACGAUUAUAUCGAGACCUGCGGCGGUACGGGUCCCAGUUGCAGCUCACCGACCAGCAAUACUUUUUACAGAGGGUUCGGCGGGAAUUCGACCAAAAUCGAAACUUGAACGAUCCAAAGGAAAUAGAAUUCUGUUACAAGAGAGGCAGAGCUCUACUAGAUCGAGCACGAGUUAUUUAAAAGUUCCAUCAUGCUAACCAUAGUUAAAAUUGCAUCGGCGUUCCGUUCGUUCCAAAGACCUUUAUUCCGGCUGAAAACCACAAUUGACACUUCCAAAGUG